GACGUCAGGAGUUCAGAGUUGAAAGUUGAACCUGACGUUUUGCAACAUGCUUGUUUAAAUGCUGUCAUAACAUUUCAACUGUGGCCAGCUUGUUUUACUUUGGUCGACGUUAGGAGGAAAAUCAUGUUACUAGCUCCAGUAAGGACAACGUUAUUAAAUGGAUGCAAACGAGCCGGGGGAGGAAUUCAACUCAGUAAAGGUGCACAGUUACGACAGUGGCUUGCGAGAAGGAGUCACAGCACAAUUGCAGCCGAGGCAGGGGCUUCGUCCUCCCCCUCUGCAGCGGUCAGUGUUCCCAAUGCAGCCACAAACAGGAUAGUCGGUCGCUGGUUACUUGGCUGCAGCGGUCUUGUUGUUGGUGCUGUUGUACUUGGUGGCGUCACACGAUUAACCGAAUCCGGCCUGUCCAUGGUUGACUGGCAUCUGGUGCGAGAGAUGAAACCCCCACAAUCGCAGGAAGAAUGGGAAGCAGAGUUUUCCAAAUACCAGCAAUUUCCUGAAUUCAAGAUAAUGAACCAUAACAUGACUCUGCCUGAGUUUAAGUUCAUCUUCUACAUGGAGUGGGGUCAUCGAAUGUGGGGCAGGUUGGUGGGACUGGCCUACAUCCUCCCCACCGUGUACUUCUGGAGGAGAGGCUACUUCACCCGCUCCAUGAAGGGCAAAGUGCUUGGGCUUUGUGGAUUUGUCUUCUUUCAGGGCCUGUUGGGUUGGUACAUGGUCAAAAGUGGCCUGGAGGAGAAGCCAGAGUCACACGACAUCCCAAGAGUUAGCCAAUAUCGACUAAGCGCUCACCUUGGCUCUGCCUUACUCCUUUACUGUGCCAGUCUGUGGACUGGCCUUACCCUACUGCUGCCUGCUCACAAGUUGGCAGAAACCAAACGCCUCAUGCAGCUUCGGAGGUUUGCCAAAGGAACAGGUGGACUGGUCUUCCUCACAGCUCUUUCAGGUGCUUUUGUGGCCGGUUUGGAUGCUGGCCUGGUGUACAACUCCUUCCCUAAGAUGGGAGAACGCUGGGUCCCUGAUGACCUGCUGGCCUUCUCUCCCACCCUCAAGAACUUUUUUGAGAACCCCACGACAGUGCAGUUUGAUCACAGAAUCUUAGGAAUAUCCUCUUUGACGGCCAUCACUGGACUGUAUCUGUUCUCCAGAAGGAUGGUGCUGCCCAGGAGAGCCAAGAUAGCCAUCAGCCUCCUCACAGCGAUGGCAUAUGGACAGGUUGCACUGGGGAUUAGUACCCUGUUACUGUAUGUGCCCACCCCACUGGCAGCGACUCACCAGUCUGGAUCCGUGGCGCUGCUCUCGCUGGCCAUUUGGGUUCUAGCUGAGCUCCGAAAGAUGCCUAAAUAAUGAUGGACACAUCCUGGACGAGCCAUUACUUGUUUCUUUUAAAGUAAGGCACUCAAGCAGACAAAUAAGAUGGAAACCUCGAUGCACACGAUCGACAGCCAUUUCUUCAUGCGCCUGAGAAGUUGGUUUGGAUCGUAUUUCCUCAAAUAGCGAAUGUCCAUUUUCAUCUGCGCCUGGUGUGUCAUCCACAAAUCAAUGCCUUAGUCAAAUAUACACAUCUGUUUUCUUAUCAGGAAAAAUAGGGACCCAAGUUUAUCUUCUCAGUUCAUAGACACCAUUUACACAUUGACAAUGUGUUCACAAGAGUUAGUGGCUGAAGGUGUUUGAAGUCUGUUGCUAACAAAUCAUGUAAAUUUUCUGGUGUGGAAUCUUACAUGUUGCAAACGAGUCCCCUGUGCACUUUUAAAGAUCAUUUUGGUAAUGAGACAUCAUUUUAAAUGGCAAUUAGUGUUCCAAUACACACCGACAUAAGGAUGCUCUUCAUUGUUGUGCACAACCAUGUUCGUGUUCACAUGACACUAAAAAACGUAUUUGUUCUGCCCUGGUUCAUUUCUUUGUAAUGGUUAUAUUAAUUUGUUCUAAACUCUGAAAAACUUUUAAUUUACAAAUAAUGUAGUAAAAUGAAAUUCACAAAGCGUGAAAUGGGUAUCCUUGGCUACUAUUUGAGGAAAUUCGUUGUCAAAACAAUCACAUUUACCAGUCGUAUCCCAGCUGUACAAUUUCAUGCUGGUUUUCAGCUGGAAAGGAUGCAUUUAAGAAUGAAUUUCUGUUUAUGAAGCCACAUUCAGAAUGUAAUUAUAAAACAAGUUAUGUGUUUCCAUCACUCAACUGCCAGUUAGCUGAGCAAGAUGUGGCUCUUGAAAUUAUUACUGUAUAAAA